GACAGGAGUCCGCUGCCCGCUGUUGUGACAUGUGGUGUAAAGUCCUCCUCCUCCUCAGCCUGCUGGCUGUCAUAAACACUGCGUCUCCCCUCCAGCUCAGCGUGGCCCUGGGCUCCACCGUGCUGCUGCCCUGCCCCCUGCCCCCCACCAGCAGCAGGCUGAGCAACCUGUCCCUGCUCCGCGUCACCUGGACCCGCGGCAACGGCUCCGAGGUGGCCUCCUUCGGCCCCGCGCAGCAGCAGCACGUCCAGGGGGGCUUCCUGUGGAACCCCCCUGCGUUCCUCCGGGGGAACUUCUCCCUGACGGCCAGUGACGUGGUCCCGGCCCACCAGGGGGCGUACGUCUGCUCCGUCAGCUACAACUCCUCCCGACUGGGGUCCCACAACGUCUCGCUGAGCGUCCUGGCCCCACCCACCAUCCAGGUGGUCUCCCAGUGGGUGGUCUUGGAACGGGAGAGCCAACUGGAGUGUCUGGCAGAGGGGUUCUUCCCUCCACCUGUCCUCUUCUCCUGGACCAGGGAGGGGGAGGAGAUCAAGGCCCCCCACCCUGUGGACGGGGCACCAGCAGGUCCGGUCGGGUUGCACCGGGCCAUCGGGAACAUGACCUUCUACCCCUCCCGAGACGACCAGAACGCUACGUUCGGCUGUGAGGUGACCCACGGAUCGGUCCACAGGAGCCUGACCUUCCAGCUCAACUUCACCGUCCUGCCGUCCAUCCGAAUGUCGGCCGUCCCUGUUUCCGCUCGGUCCUCCGCCCUCACGCUUGCCUGCGACCUGGACGGCUUCUACCCAGAAGAGAUCUCUGUGUCCUGGGUCCAGAACGGGACCACCCUACCCCAGAGCCCUGUCAGCGAGCCCACCCCCGACGGGACCUUCCGGACCACACGCUACCUCACGCUCAGCACCGAGCAGCGGGAGCAGGCAGGCCAUAUACAGUGUGUGGUGGACCAGCCGGGAGCCUUGGAGCCGGCACAGGUCCACGCCAGCCUGGAAGUCCUGGACCCACCCGAUUCAGAUCCAGUCCUGACCAAGUCUGCCAAGGCCUCUGUGGCUCUCAUGUGCAUCUCCCUGGUCCUGGUCUUCCUGCUCUGCUUCGGCUUCUCCUGGCGCAGGAGGGACGAGAAGCAGAAGUCUCUGAGCGUGUCCGGGAUCAUUCUGCCUCCCCACGUGGUGGUUGGACAGAAGGGCCGUGUGACUGUUAGCAUUGAGGGACGCAGAGUCGACCAAGUCGAAACCAGCUGGUUCCUCAAUGACACACCCAUCACCGACACCUCACACAAAGUAUCAGAGAAAGGACCUCUGCUUCCCUCCAGAGGACAGACUGAGUACUACAAGCUGCACAACCAGGGCCCCUUGCACUCCACUGGAAACCGGCAGCAGCUGGUGUCAUCGCUCACCUUCGUCCCGCAGAUCUCCGUCCAUAAGGGGGCGGUGUUCAAAUGCCAGGUGUCCUACAUGGGCAAGGACAAGGUGGUGGUCGAGAGAGUGUCCGAAAGGUUCACUGUCCUGGCUGCUCCAGAAGUGUCCGAGAUACAGCUAGCGGAGGUAACUGAGGACUCAGACACCAUCACCUUGACGGUGCACGCGUCCCACUUCCACCCGGACAUCAUCACGUUCCGCUGGUUCUGCGAGGGCAGCGAGCUGAGCCCUGUGGCCUCGCAGGCCUCGUCCUCGCCGCGGCCCGACCCCCAGGGCUUCUUCACCGCCUCCAGUCAGUGCCGCCUCCCCCGCAGCGAGCUGGAGCGAGGGAACACCAAGGUCUGGGUGACAGUGCACCACGUGGCACUCCGACUACCGGUCACCCGCGAGACCAGAGGCUUCAUCAGGACGCCGUGCGUGGCGGAGAUUGUGAGCUCUGCCUCCAUGCCUGGGGAACCCCCGACCCUGGGCUGUGACAUCACAGGGUUCUACCCCCCCGACCUCACGGUGACCUGGCUCCGCCUGAGGGAGGGCGAGCAGGACGACCGGGAGGAGGAGGUGGUGGAGGGAGGUGAGCUGUGGGGGCCCGUCCAGACUCAGGCCCGACUGUACCGCGCCACGGCCAUACUGCACCCCACCAGGAGGAGGGACGAGGCCAAGGAGAGAGCAGGAGGAGAAAGGGGAGGCGGAGGAGUGGUCUGUCGGGUGGAGCACCGCUCCCUGGAUCAUCCCAUCGAGAGACGAUGGAGGAACGCCCAACUCACCCCUCCCUCCGUCCCCCUCUCCAUGUCAGUGUGCUGGAGCACCGAGGGCGUGGGGGUCUUCUCCCUGCUGCUGCGGGGCGGCCAGCCGCGGGCGCGCCUGCUCUGGACAGCCGGGGCCGCCACCCUCUCACCCCUGACCUCCAGCGAGACGGAGGAGAUGGGGGACGACGGGCGGCGGGAGCUGCGGAGCGUGUGUGCCCUGCAGCGGGCCGGCCCCGGAGGGGAGGCGCCAGGGACACGGCCGAGUGGAGGACGUGCUCUGAGCAGAGGCGGUAAGACGGCGGUGAGCCCCAGCGACACAGAGGACAUUGAGUACAUGGACCAGAAGGUGGACGGAGAGAACAACAACAAUGUGGAGAGCUGGGCGGCGACCAAGACGCUGUCCGAAGAGGAGAGCCAUGGGGAGGAUGAGGAGAGCGAUGAGGAAGAGGUUGGGCCCGGGGGCCUGCACAUAAACCGGGUGGACGUGAGGACGCCCGCCCGCCAAGUUAGGAGGGGUCUGCGGGUAUGUGUGGAGAUCUCACACCCGGCCCUCGCUCUGCCUGUCUACAGAACAUGGACAGAGUCAAUACAGGAGGAGUCAUCUUCCAUUUGACCAAUCGGAUGCCUGAAACAGGGAUGUUUUUUUUUAUAACCUACUGUAUGUAAUGAUAAUGAAGAUAUCACACUGUAGCUGGUCCAUAUUUCCAUCUUUUCCCAUAGGUUAUUUAUUUAUUUGUAUUAUUAAUCCACUGUCUUUGAUAUCAAUAGUUUUUAGUCUGUAUUCUUAUUUUAUUUUUUAAAAUAGUAGUAAUAAUAGUAAUCCUAUUGUUUCGUUAUACGUGUGUGUGUGUGUGUGUGUGUGUGUGUGUGUGUGUGUGUGUGUGUGUGUGUGUGUGUGUGUGUGUGUGUGUGUGUGUGUGUGUGUGUGGACAGAGAGAGAUUUUAUAAUGUUUAGACUCAUAAUCUAAAGAUACAUGUCCUAGUUUUAUGUGGAGUCCGUUCGGUUUGGGUUUAGUGUAAAAAUAUUUUUUUUACAGAGUUUCUGAUUAAUAAA